UCUGAGGCUGAACACAGCAGGCUGACUCCACACACUCACUUCUGUCUCUCCAUGCUGCAGAUAUUCUCCCCAAGAUUUGUUUCAGCUCGUGCCACUCGGAGCUAAAAGAGCAGGGAGGAUCGUCUCCCACGAACUGAGAAUGAUGAGCAGACAUUUCCUAACGAAGACAUUAUCGUGGCCGUGGUCGAAGAAAGAAACCACUGAGAAUGAAACCAGCCCACUAAUCCCAAAGUCAGGAGCUGCAAAAACGGAGGAUGAAGAGCUUGGUCUUGUCACCAAUGAAUUCCAAACAGAGAGAAACUCUACAUUUUCAAAGCUCCUCAGUUACUCUCUGACAGACUAUUUCCUAAAAUACUUCCUGUUCUUCUGCAACCUGGUGUUUACGGYUCUGGGCCUGGUGGUCCUCGGUGUGGGAAUGUGGGGCCUGAUCAGCAAAGAAUCGUUUGCCCAGGAGAAGAUCGGCACCGUCGGCACUGACCCCAUGCUGCUACUCUUGACCCUGGGCCUCCUGCUGGCUGUGCUCUGCCUGACGGGGUGCGUUGGUGCUUUAAGAGAGAACAGCUGCUUACUGAAGGUGUUCUCGGGUACGGUGCUGGUGCUCAUCACAGCUCAGGUGCUGUUCGCCAUCGUGGCCUACAGCGCGCAAGACCAGAUCGAAGGCCUUCUGCGCUCGGGGUUGCUGGCGGCCGUGGUGCGCUAUCAGGACGACCUGGACCUGAGGUUCAUCACUGAUGAGAUUCAGCUGGGCCUGCAGUGCUGCGGGGCGGACACCUACCGAGACUGGGAGGUCAACAUAUAUUACAACUGCUCAGCUCCAGGCGUGCUGGCCUGCGGCGUYCCUGCGACGUGCUGCGUCGACCCCCUGGAGAACGGCACGGUGUGGAACUCUCAGUGCGGCGUCGGAGCCCAGCGGCUGGACGAGUUCACAGCCCAGAGCGUGAUCUUCYUGGGCGGGUGCCUGGGAGAAAUCUCUCGCUGGAUCAAGCAGCACGAGGGCCUGAUUGGGACAGUCGGAGUGGUUGUGGUCGGGGUGGAGAUUCUGGCUGUGUUCAUCACCAUGCGCCUGCUGGAAAGUAUCAACUGGCAUAAAUUUCACGGAUAAGACAAAGUGAUGAAACACAGCAGGAUGUACUGUUAUGAGUCACUGCUGUUUGAGUUCUUGUUUUYAUUGUUUUUAAGUUUGACUUUCAAGAUGUUUAAAAAGAAAAAGUGAAAAUUUCAAUACAAACUAUUAAGGGGGAAAAAAGGAAAUCACACUUAUUCAUAAAAAAACAGUGCUAGCCCGUGAUGUACAGGCACUAUAGGCAAAUGCUAAGGGUGCUGUCCAUCUAGGGGAUGCUACAAAUGUGGGAUGAAAAAAUAUAUAUACUUUUUUAUCAGAGUUUAGUAGAUUUCUUCUGUGGAAUAAUCACCGGUUACUCCAGUGAAUGAAGGUAACUUGUUCUGCGUGUUUCUCAGCCUGCUAUGUUACUGCAUGAGGUGCCGAGGAGGUUUUAUGAUCAUAUGAUACAGUCUAACUCCUGGUGCUUAGCGUGUAAAUAGAUAACAAAAUAAAGAUAAUGAAAGUUUCAGUUUUGAUCUCAGAUAAAAUUCAUGUUAAAGUCUAGUUUUCAGUGUUCUACCUUCAUAAAAUACUGAUUUCAUGUUGUUUUAUUAAUCCCAAGAAUUUCGUAAAAUGCUCUUCAAGUGGCUGGAAAAUACACAGUUUUAAGUGGAUCUUAUGCUGUGUUCCAGUUGUAGCGGAACUCGAAUCUCUAAAGUCGGACUGACAUCAGUUUCGAGUUGAAAGCGUUCCAGUUUCAAACUCAUCAGAACGUCGGAAAAAAAGUGUUUCUAUUGUUUUUGCUCUGCAACAAAAACUGUUACAACWAWAGUGCUCUACWUGGUMUUUUGAGUUUACAAACAGCAUUAUAUCUCCUAAUAAUCACCAUAAAGUUCUACAAGUACGACUGACUUAAUGUAAAGUAAUCAACACAGAGCUGCUAAAAACCAUAAAAGUAAAGAGUUUAACUCUGUGUUGAUGCGAGGAGCAGCCAUGUUGACAUGAUGUAAUGUGUGCUCAUGUUUGGUCAUGUUGCGCCGACCUCUCCACUCGAAAUUAUGACAUCAAGGAGCAUUCAAGAUAAAAAUUACGACACAGAAGUGCGAAACUACAAUUUCUGAGGACAACUGGAACGCAGCAUUACACAAAAUCUGCCAGGGGUGUAGACCCCUGGACCCCCCUAGAACUGCUUCCCUCCACAGCUGCUCAUUAACAUGAACAGUGAGAUCUAGAAAAACUGCACGAGGGGCACCACCUGAAAUCUUGCUAAGGGCGCCAAAUUGGCCAGGACYGAUGAAAACUACCAUUUUUAAAAUAUGCUGUGUCCAAUUGUUUUUGUUCCUCUUUCUUCUGUUCUUAUCUUUUUAAACUAAAUGUUCAGAACUUUUCAUGCAUUUUUUACCAGCUUGUUCUUGUUUAGGGUUGUGAGGAGAUAAGGUCUUUAGCUUUCAUUGGGGAAAAGUACAGCAUGGGCAGAUCACCAGUCCAGCAAUGGGUCACAAUGAGCUGGACAACCAAUCAGACUCUUAUUCUAGUAACAACUUUGACCAGCCAAUUAACCACUUCAUAACUCUAAGUUAAAUUUAGCUUAAACAGAUACGGUAUAUGCAUUUUUUUAGAACAACACCUGACAUAAGAGUGGGUUUAAAAAGGUAAAAUUGUAAUAUUUGCCUUUUUAAGUAGAACAUUUGGGUAAAAAGGGGGAAUAACUAUUUCCCAAUGUGAAUCCUUUAUUUGCACAAGUCAACACUUUAACAGUUUCUGCUUCAAAAGAAUAUACAUUUGAUGAAAGAAAAAAAAUCCCCAAAUGACAAUGAAGGGAAUUUUUGAAGACAUGUUCCUUUAUUAUAUCCUAUUUUUUUGUUUGUUUCUACUUUAAUAUAUUGUUUAUUGUGCUCACAUGUAACCUUGCUCUCCUUGAAGGUAUUUUUCUACAAACAAACAUGUUGAAAAAUUGCUUUGUGUUAGCUUAGCAGCUGAAUAAAAACUGAGCUGUUUGAAUUAAA